GACCGACACCCUCCACGUAUCUCUCACCUCCGGGCUCCUACUCGCACGAUCUGCCGGACUUUAUUCUACAUUUCUGGUUUGUCGCAGCGUGCAGCCUGGAAUACUAGAAUUUGAGCCCCAAAGACAGGACAAACAGCGCAAGGCUCGCAAGAUCGAGGAACUUCGAGUCUCAAGAUCUUGCCGUCCCUACCCUCACUGUUUCGGCACCUUGCGCUCCACUUUGUCGAAGAAAACUAGCCCCGAUCUGCAAGCUGCGACUGUCUGGAAGCCCCCGCUCCCAACGAGCGUGAUCAUAUACGAACCAAACCAUAAGCGUUACGUCACCAAUACUAGCCAGCGGCGCACUUCCCGCCCGUACUAACCGACCAUGCCUGCCCCCGAUUUCGGCUUGACGAUGCCUCGCGGCGAGGUGUGCCAGCAGUGUCAGAGGAGGAAGGGCGCUGGAGUGAAGCUAUCGCGCUGCACGGGGUGCAAGUACAUGUUAUACUGCAGCAAGGAGUGCCAGCGUGCCGCAUGGCCGUUCCACAAGCGGAUGUGCGGCAUCGCACGAGCGUGCACAGCGGAGCACGGCGAGGAGCGCACGCGCUCGCUCGACGCCUUCGUCGCCCGUCACCGCGACACGCUUUUCAACAUCACCUUCUGGGUGCUCGAGGGCGACCAGGACAUGGCGAACACUGAGAACAAGGUGCUCUGGAUCACCGUCAAACCCCGCCCAGAGCCCACCCGCCGCAAAGGACUCGCGUGGAUUGUCGUUGAUGCUGAAGUGCGCGCCAUCGACGAUCUUCCGGAGGAGACGCGGACGACACUGGUGCAGGGGAAGGAGAUGCACGUGCAAACAGACCCCACCGUCGUGGCAAUACCGACAGCCAUCGUUCAGGACGAAGACACCAAGGUUUGCGGCAUCAUGUGUUACGGCGUGGUCGACACCCCAGAGCUCAAAGUCAAUCCACACGACUCGUCUGUCGGGCAACAGCAGAAUGUUGCGCUGGUGGACGUCACCAUGAAGGACGUUCCCGGUAUGUACAGCAUUCAGGGCUCGCAGCGCAGCCUGCGCUACCUCGGGCGUGAUGUUCUGGUGGGAGAGCCGUUCCGCGUUCGCGAAGUACUCGAUGAGGAUGCCCUUUGGCGGAAGCUCUUCGUUCGGCAAGGCGCAUACUGUGUCGGAGGCAGCAGGAAGCGCCACGAGCUUGCCGAUGUGACCAGGUGAAAGUGUGGUUCGCCCGUAGCAGUUCGGGACAAUUCUUCUUUUGCAGAUACCGAAAUGGAGCAGGUGGGCAUACGCUUCGCAUUCGCGCCGAAAUAGGGCUCUCGUAUCUGGCUUACUUGUGUCGCGGCCCCAGUUAUCGUCGUCGUCAUCGUCGGUAUCUUCAUCCUGAAGCGCAUCUCGGUCAGGAAACUGGUGUACA